CACAGGUUCACUCGAAUCCCUGCCCUGCCGACAGACACACGUGUCCCACACGGUCCGUCCGUCUCAACGCCGUCCGCUUGUCUGCACCGUCUUUGACGUUCGCGGUGCGUCUCUGGUUUGGUUUCGAGUCCAUCAUGACGAGCCAGUCCCAGGGGAUUCAGCAGCUCCUCCAGGCUGAGAAGCGAGCUUCUGAAAAGGUGUCAGAGGCGAGGAAACGCAAGACACGCCGUCUAAAACAAGCCAAGGAGGAGGCUCAGGCAGAGAUCGAUCAGUACCGGCUCCAGCGCGAGAACGAAUUCCGCAAGAAACAGGACUCCAUAAUGGGUUCGCAAGGUAACAUGUCGACCAAGAUCGAUGAGGACACGCGGACCCGCAUCCAAACCGUGCGCGGGAACUACCAGACCAACAAGGAGAUGGUUCUAAAGCAGCUGCUCGCCAUCAUCAGUGACAUCAAGCCCGAGAUACACCAGAAUUAUCACAGCUGAGCCGCGGGCGUGCGACUCACGGGGCAAGAUGGAACCGUGUAGAAUCGUUGCAGGAAAUUCAGCUCGACCAUCGCACGCAGCGCGUAAACACCAACCCAGCUAAUAGCGUCAAAGCAGAUAACCUAUUUAAGUAUAGCUUGUUAAA